AUGGGUCUCUUCGAGGACGAGGAUCAGGCGUACUUGAACGACGUCCAGGCCGUCAAGACCUGGUGGAAUGACUCGCGAUGGCGCUACACCAAGCGUCCCUAUACCGCCGAGUCGAUCGUCGCCAAGCGUGGCAACCUCAAGAUCGACUACCCCUCCAAUGCUCUGAGUAAAAAGCUGUGGAAGAUCGUGGAGAGCAACUUUGAGAACAAAGCUGCGAGUUUCACCUAUGGCUGUCUCGAGCCUACCAUGAUCACCCAGAUGGCCAAAUACCUCGACACGAUCUACGUUUCCGGCUGGCAGAGCUCGUCAACCGCUUCAUCGACCGAUGAGCCCUCGCCGGAUCUGGCUGAUUACCCUAUGAACACCGUCCCCAACAAGGUCAACCAGCUCUUCAUGGCACAGCUGUUCCAUGAUCGGAAGCAGCGCGAGGAGCGUGUGACAACCCCUAAGGAGAAGCGUGCCAAUGUGGCGAAUGUGGACUACCUGCGUCCCAUCAUUGCCGACGCCGAUACCGGUCACGGUGGCUUGACGGCGGUCAUGAAGUUGACCAAGCUCUUCGUGGAGCGCGGAGCUGCUGGUAUCCAUAUCGAGGACCAGGCUCCCGGUACCAAGAAGUGCGGCCAUAUGGCCGGAAAGGUCCUCGUGCCUAUCAGCGAGCACAUCAACCGUCUGGUGGCCAUCCGUGCGCAGGCCGACAUCAUGGGCACCGACUUGCUGGCCAUUGCCCGAACCGACUCCGAAGCUGCCACCCUCAUCACCUCCACCAUUGAUCACCGCGACCACGCCUUCGUUGUCGGAUCGACCAACCCUAACCUGCAGCCGCUGAACGACCUCAUGGUGGCUGCCGAGCAAGCCGGCAAGAACGGCGAGGAGCUCCAGGCCAUCGAGGAUCAGUGGGUGGCCCAGGCCGGUCUCAAGCUCUUCAACGACGCCGUGCUCGAUUCCAUCGAGAAGGGAGUGCACCCCAACAAGAAGGCCCUGGCCAACGACUACCUGAAGGCCGUCAAGGGCAAGAGCAACAGCGAGGCUCGCGCCAUCGCCAAGGGCAUCACGGGCGUGGACAUCUACUGGGACUGGGACGCUCCUCGCACCCGCGAGGGCUACUACCGGUACCAGGGCGGCACGCAAUGUGCCGUCAACCGUGCCAUCGCCUACAGCCCCUUUGCCGAUCUGAUCUGGAUGGAGAGCAAGCUCCCCGAUUACAACCAGGCCAAGGAGUUUGCUGACGGUGUUCACGCCGCCUGGCCCGAGCAGAAGUGA